AUGGAUCCUAUAGUGCUUCCUAUAUCUCUUCAACCGUCAAAUCUACGACCUAUAGCAUACAGAAUAUUGACCAAGAAGUAUGGCCUUAACAUCCAGUCAGAGGCUCUAAAACGGUUGACGGAGGUGAUAGGCCAGCGGUUCGGAAAGGACUGGAGAUCGCCCAAGAGUCUGGCAUUUCUCGAGAAGAUUGGUCAGAGCUGGAAAUCUCAGGAUUUGGGCGUUUUCUUGCAAAGCGGAGACCAGUUGGACUCUGUGAUUGAUCAACUAACACAUAACGAGAAUGCCAGUGGUCGGACAGAUGCCGGAAAAGUCACCAAGAAGGCUGCUUCACUCGACGAGCUGGUGGCAACUAAAAUGGGGAAUGAUCCUGAUUCCAAAAGCUUUGAGAUCUACAAUAGUCAAGCGGACGAAGAGAUGGAGGUGCCUCCCGAAAUCGACUGGAAAGACCAUUUCAAAGUGGUUGAUGCCUUCAGAUUACCCGUUUACACGUACAAUUACACGAGGAAACAGUACGAGUUUGUUCCAAGUUUCAACCCUCUCGAAGAAAAGAAGAAUGGGAGCAUUCCUAUGACGGGGUUGCUGGCCAACGUGAAGUCAUACGCAGAUCUCUUCAUCACCAGGUACAAGAUAUCCAGCGAUCGUUUAUUGAGAAACGACAAUUUCCAGACGAGUCAUGGCGAAAAAUCGACACACAACUCGAUAACAGGAAGCACAACAAAAUCCGUUGCUCAGGUUGUUACCUCCAUAAAGAACAUGCUGGGUAGACACGGCCAGCACUUUCUGCUAUUUGGACUCUUCACCAAGAGCAGUGAUGGCUUCUGGCAAUUGCAGGACGAUACCGGAGCUAUUCAACUAGAACUGAACCAAUGUGUUUUUUCUAAGGACUGUUACUUCACACCGGGUUGUAUGCUUUUUUGCGAUGGAAUCUACUCCAAUGUGGGCAAGUUCUAUGCUUCGGUCAUGGGCCAUCCUCCACCAGAAAAGAGAAGCAUCUCCCUGGAUGCACACAAUAUUGAUUUUAUGAAAUCAGGACAUGCCACGCUACCAAGAAUCGAUUAUGAGCUACAAAAGCGACUGAAGUUGAUGGAGAGCGAGAAUUAUGAACAUAGGUUUGUGAUACUUGGAGCUGAUUGUUUCCUCAAUGACUUGAAAGUUCUUGACGGCCUCAAGAAAGUGUUUGGAAAGUUGAACUCUGAAGUUGAAAAUGAUAACUUGUAUGACUCGCUACCGUUGUGCAUUGUUUUGAAUGGGUCAUUCACGAAUCUACCAUUCACUGCAUCAGCAUAUAACUCCUCUGCAGUCUCAUCAGCAUCCACUGUGUCUUCCUCGGCGAAUUACAAAGUGGCUCUGGACUCGUUGGCCUCGAUACUAGAAAAGUAUCCAAGGCUAUGCCAGACUGCUACUUUCGUGUUCAUACCAGGCACUAACGAUCCGUGGAGCAGUAUCUCAUCCAAGGGCUCUAAUGUUAUGUGGCCACAGAGCGGCAUUCCGAAAGUUUUCGGAACGAAGCUUAACAGGCUUUUGAAGAAUUGCAUAUGGACAUCAAAUCCCACCAAGGUUUCGUACUUGGCCCACGAAAUUACACUGGUCAGAGAUGACAUUGGCGAGAAGCUGCGCAGAAACGAUAUUGCCUAUCUUGGAAAAUCGGAACAGGACUUGAUGGACGAGAGCAACGAGGACCAAUUGGAGAUCGACAAGUUGUCACAGUCACCAUUGCAUAGUCUUGCACCUGAAGUUCGUGAGGCCAGAAAGAUAGUGAAGACUGUCUUGGACCAAGCCCACCUCUCCCCAUUUGUGCAAAGCACCAGACCAAUUCUCUGGAACAUGGAUCAUGUUCUUCAGCUGCUGCCACUGCCAAAUUUGUUGAUACUGACAGAUGCUUCAUCACCAACGUUUGAUGUGACCUAUGAAGGGUGCCAUGUCAUCAACCCAGGCAAGUUUCUGCACGGCUCAAAGUGUUCGUACACUGAAUACUUUCCAUCGACGAAGAAGGCGCAUAAUAAGCACGUUUUCGUGUGA